AUGAGCGUAGAAGAAUUGAAGAACCAGGGAAAUCAGGCAUUUAAGGCUGGAAAUUACAGAGAUUCCGCCAGGAUCUAUAACGAGGCCAUUAUGAUGGACCCGGGAAAUGCAGUUCUCUACUCUAACAAGGCAAUGGCUUAUAUCAAAAUGAAAGACUGGCACGGCACUUUGGCUACUUGUAAUCAGGCACUCUCUUCUACUGAACCCGACGACAAGACUAGGACCAAACUAUUGUGGAGAAGGUCAAUAGCCCUGCAAGAGUUAGUCAUGUAUUCAGAAGCCAAAGAUUCACUAGAAAAAGCCCUCCAGCUUGAUCCAAGCAAUCAAACAUUGAGGCAGGAUUUGCAAAGUCUGGAAAUUAAAAUCAAAGAAUUAGAUGCAGACUGGAUAGAAAUUCCAGUACAAGUCACAGACGCGCUUCCCCCAAAGUACUUGCCAAAAAAGAGAGCAUUCAAAUUGGAAGAAUCUGAUAUCCCACCAAUAUCGGAACCGGAACGAUUUCCUCGCUAUCCAACUGCAUUAUUCCUUUCUGAGCUUUCAAAAAAACAGUCGGGUGAGAGAGAACAAUAUUAUGAAUACGUGCUACAAAUAAACAGCUCGGUCUAUACGGGCUUGUUUGAGAAAUCAGGACUAGACUCGAGUUUCCUAAAGUUUUAUGUGGAAGCCGCAACAAAGUACCUUGAAUCGCCAGACACUCGAUUAUUAAACAACAUUGUUACACAUCUAGAAGCCUUUGUGAAGACGCCACGAUUCUCAAUUGCCUCAAUGUUCAUUUCUACAUCGCAGGUUGACAGGCUGUUUGACUUGCUCAGGGCAAAAACGGCUAAAAAUUUAAGAUCAAUUUGGACCUAG